AUGGAAGAACUUAAAGUGUGUAGAAUAUGUCUUGUGAUGGAUGUUAAAAUGCACGAUCUCUGUUCGCAUCCCCUUGAUGUUUAUUAUGAAAAUGUUAUUGGUGGCAAUGUGUUGAAGAUGGUACAACUAAGGGGAUAUGCAUGUUAUAUGUGUGCACCGAUGCUGAGAAAAUUUCAUUCAUUCCGAGAGAGAUGUCUCAAAGGACAAACAGAACUGUAUGGUUUACUGAACUCUUUUGGAAAGAUUUCCAGAGACGGCAUUAUACAAUUACAUAAACAAAACCAAAGUUCCUCUUAUUUAGAAAAUAUAAAAUUAUACAACAUAGUCAUUGACGCCAACGAAGAUGAUGCCGGAAUGAAAAUAGAACCAACUGAAAUAUAUCAAAGUAGAAUAUAUAAUGUUGAAAGUGGUAUGAAAGAAAUUGACAAUGAGAGGUUCAAGCAAGAAGUAACACAUCAAGAAAGGAUUUCGUUCAAUAUUAUAGAAGAUAUUAAGCAAGAAGAAGAAUUUUAUGAUUACAACGGAAUAUCGAGUGACGAUGACGAACCAUUAUCUGUUCAUAAAGAAAAGAAAGAAGAUUGCAAGAACAGAAGUAGAAUAGAUGACAAAAUAGAAUUAGAAGUUGAUGCUGAAGCAAAUGCGAAUACAGUUUUGCAAGAAUUAUGUGGUAUUAUAACUAAGAAGAAGAGAGGUAGGCCUAAGAAGGGUGAGGUUAGAAAGAAGAUUGUUAAGAGAAGUAAACAUAGUCAACACAUAGCGUUAUUGGAGAAUGACGGACUUGAUGUAGAAGAUUAUUGCAAUAUAAUUACACUCACUGAGGAAGAACAAAGAGAGGAGGUGAUUCAGCGGCAACAGUCUCUUAAUUAUAUUAAUUCAGUGUACAAAUGUAAUUUAUGUUACAAAGGAUUCGUUGAUACUCACGCUUGGAAACACCACGUCGCGAAACAUGAACCGAGUGCCGGUGAUUUAGAGUGUAAUAUAUGUAAGAUGAGAUUCAAAACGAUAAGGAUUUUGAAGAAGCACGCCGGGAACCACGGAAAGAGGUUCUCAUGUAAAUCAUGCUCAUAUGUUUCUAAAAACACAACUCAAGCCAAGCAGCAUCAACAGUGGCAUAAAGGUGUAACGUACAAGUGUCAACACUGCGAAGAAAUUUUCUCUAAGUGGACGUCGUACUUGAGCCACGUCCGUAUGAAGCAUCCGUCGGAGCACAUCUGCGGCGCGUGUGGCUACUCGUUCGUGUCACGGCUGGGACUCAACAUGCACAGAACUAUGAUGCACAAGGAUCUGCUGGAGCAAGAUAACGUAGGUGAUGAAGAUAAAGACUCUCCGUAUUGUGAACAAUGUGACGUGAAGUUCACUACGCUGGAGGCAUACAAGAGACAUAUGGUGACUUCGGUGAAACACACGCAGAGCACUGACUUCGGUAACGGUUGUCGUGAAUGCGGCGAGACGUUUCCUGAUUCAGAGGCGCUCCGAGUACAUCACAGACACAAACACGCGCGACAACGACCCAGGAACUACGGGAAGAGACCCGCCGACCAUAGCUGGCCCGCCACGUGCGAACAUUGUACGGAGGUGAUCCGCAGCGCCCGCGAGUACUGGUCACACUUCAGGCGAGUACAUCCUGACAAGACGUAUCCCACGCAGAAGGAUUUUGUGUGUGACGUGUGUGGAAAGAGCUUUAGGAGCAACGCCUUCCUAAACUAUCACAAGCGGACUCACUCGUCUGAGCGGUCAUACAAGUGCAGCCAGUGUCCUAAAGCGUUCCACAACAGGAAUAAUCUUCAGAUGCACCAACGAACACACUCCGACGAGCGACCCUACCCGUGCGCCUUGUGUGACAAAGCAUUUAAAUGCAAGAGCGCUCUGGAUAGACACUUCCGGAGUCACAGCGGCGAGAAACCAUACGUAUGUCAGGUGUGCGGGAAGGCGUUCGCUCAGUCAAACAGUCGCAAGCUACAUGUAAGGACGGUGCACCUCAAACAGUCCGCGCCGUACGUGUCGCGCGCCAGGCUCGAGAGAAGGACCCGCCCUAACAAGGAACACGCGCCCGCCUCGCACUUGUUCUACUGA